AUGAGUUACGAAGAAAAGCAAACGCAAUGUACAGAAAUUGAUAAAAGAGAAUUUACUUUACAAGUUUUCCAAUGUGUGACAUAUAUAAUACAUAAAAGUCCGGUUUUACAAGAAUUAUUUUUGAAAUGGAGUGCUCUUUCAUCAAGAGAAAAAUUUUUAUUAAACUAUAUAGCAUUUUAUAUUAUUGAUUCGGCACAAAGUGAUUUGUACGCUCCAAUUAUUCAAGGUUUCCAUUAUUGGAAUAAUAUUCAAGAUACUGAAGGAGCAUGUGGUUUUGAUGGUAAUCCUUUAGAAUUUAAAUUUGGUCUCGAUGAAGAAAAGAGAAUUUUUCAAAUAAUAGUGGAUAUCGAUCAUGUCAUUAGUAACAUUCUUUUGAGACCUAUACUAUGUAAAGAAAUACAGAAAUCAUGUUCCAAAAAUGUACAUCCCCUAAUGGAAACGGGUAUCAAAGGAUAA